GCAGGCAGUAGUUGCAAAUCGAACACCGAUCUCAUCAUCACAAACACAAACACAAACACAAGAUUUAAUUUGGUUAUUGCGAGGAGAUCGAUGUCAGAGAAGAUGAAGUUUGAGGUUGAAAUCAUCUCUAGAGAGACCAUCAAGCCAUCUUCUCCAACCCCAAACCAUCUCCGCCAUUACCAACUCUCCUUUCUCGACCAAAUCUCCCCUCCAGUCCACAUGCCCAUCAUCCUCUUCUUCCAUUCCAACGUCGCCGCCCCCAGUCUCCACCAUUCCACCCACCUCAAGCUCUCCCUCUCCCACAUCCUCACCAGAUUCUACCCUCUGGCCGGCCGCCUCUCCGGCAACGCCUCCAUUGUCUGCACCGACGAGGGGGUUUCCUUCGUCGAGGCCACGACCAAAUCCCCGCUCUCUGAAGUUGCCGAAAACCCGGUCCCCGGCGAGUACAACAAGCUUCUUCCCCAUGAACUCGAUGACGGCGGUGAAACCUUGAUGUCCGUUCAAGUCACGUACUUUAGCUGCGGCGGAAUGGCGGUGGCCACCUGUUUUUCCCACAAGGUCGCCGACGCCUUGUCCAUGGUCUUGUUUCUCACCAACUGGGCUGCGGCUUCCCGGGGAGAAACCGAUCUGGUUCAGCCACAAUUCGACUCGGCAAAGCUCUUUCCAGCCAAAGAUUUAUCUGGGUUUUUGCCCAACAUUGGGAUGACAAAGGAGAAGAUGGUCGCCAAGAGGUUUGUUUUCAGCAACUCGGCUGUUGCAGCUCUGAGAGACAAGUACACCGAUGGCUCCACAAGGCCGACUCGAGUCGAGGCCCUUUCCAUCUUCAUCUGGAACCGGUUUCUCCAAUCAACGGCGCCAGAAUCCGGUCAUGACCGCCGGUUCCACGUAGUGAUCCAUGCAGUGAACUUGCGCACCCGAAUGGACCCUCCAUUGCCGGAACAUUCUUUCGGGAACCUGUACCGAAUCGCCGUCACGAUACCUUCGAAGGAAGCUCGGGAACAAGGGAGGGGGCUUCUGAGGGAGAUGAGGGAAUCAAUAAAGAGCAUAGACAGCGACUUCGUGAGCAAACUGCAGAAAGGGAACGAACACUUGAGGUUCAUCGCGGAGCAAGCGCAGAGAUUCAUGAAGGGGAAGUUGGUUCCGUAUAAUUUCACGAGCUUGUGCAGGAUGCCUCUGUAUGAAGCUGAUUUUGGGUGGGGAAGGCCAGUGAGAGUUGGGUCGACGAGGCUGCCCUUCAAGAACCUGGUGACUUUCAUGGAGACCGGAUCUGGGGAUGGAAUAGAGGCUUGGAUCAAUAUGGUGGAGAAGGAGAUGGCCAGGUUUGAAGCUGAUAAGGAGUUUCUUGCGUUUAUCUUGCCUCCACGUUCGCCAUGAAGGAGGAGGAUGAUGAUGAUGAUCUCUCCAAGUAAUUUAACUAAUUAACCUGGCUUUAAUCCUUGAAUAAGUUGGCUGGCUAUAUGUUUAUGUGUUACCCUAUAAGUGCUUAAUGAAGAGCAUAUAUGGGAUGUAAGUUUGUUUAUUAUUAUAUUCUCAACUAAUUAUCUAAAGUGGAUAUAUGGGAUGUAAGUUUGUUUAUUAUUAUUAUUUCACUUUAUUUAAAGUGAAUUUCGUUUUUUAUAUUCA